AUGUUUCAACCUUUCCUUGGGAUAUGGUUUGUGCCAACUGUAUUUCAUUGGCCGGCUGUACUCACUGUUGCAGCCGGCUGUACCCUUGUAUACAGCCGACAGAGUAACGCCUAUCUGCUUAUAGCUGCCACUCUCGUAACUUCGAAGGCCUUUGCUUCCACCUCUGUUGAACAAAUUGAAUCUGCACAUGCCCCAAGUCAACAACAGGACAUUCCUGAUCCUUCUUCCUUUGCAGGUAGCGUUUGGGGGAUGCCUGAUCCAGCAGUGUCUUCAGCCAAGGCGAAAGCCAAAAUUCAGAGGAUGCAAGAAAAGAUGGCCUCAGAAUUUGUUCGUGCCUCCCGUAUCAAGAUCAAAAGUCGGGCCACGCUCAUCAUAUGUCCCCUUUCAACUGUUGCUAACUGGGAAGACCAAUUCAAAGAUCACUGGAAGGGCGAAGUAUUUGUCAUUGGUGGCGCAGGCGGCUGUACUCCUGCAAUGUCAUCUUCCCAAUGUUCGUCAACACCAGGAUCUUCUUCAGCGCAGCCAAUGGCUCUUCUCGGCGAUGUAAAGAUGAACAAGAAAUUAGGUCGUACACGAGAAGUACCUACACCGUACCCAGGCUGAUUUUAUUCUAGUAGCAUACGAAGGUCUGGGCAAGCUUUCGUGUGUAUGUAACACAAGUCUACCCUAAGCUCCCGAUCAUAUAGUAUCUUUUAAUAGACUAUCAGCGCCAUCAACGUAGAAGUACUAGUUUUCGCA